UGGGGGACCUUCGUCGGCCGGUCAAUGUAAGCGCGUUCUUCCGCGGACUGGCCUCGCGCUUCGAGGUUGCACUUCGAUAUAUAACUCAACGCGGGCCAAUCGCCCCGCAUCUGUCUCCUCAACCACUCGGUGGUGUCUAGUGUACUCCAGUGUGCCCCAGAACCCGACAACUCCCAGCCAACAUGAAAUUCGCCGUAGCACUAUGCAUAGCCUGUUUUGUAGCUGUCGUUAAGGCACAGUACGGCUUUGGAGGUAGCUUCGGCGGCUUCAAGGGAUUCGGGAAUGGCUUAGAUGCCCCGCUACAAUCUGCCAGAGACCCCAGAGAAAACCCAGGCCCAGUAGUCUUCCCCCCAGCCCCCCCAGAUAGCGGCGAAACCAGCGGAGUUGUCGUAGGAGCUUCUGGAUACGGAUUUGUUCCCCCGCAUCGUACAGGAGCGAAACCUUAGAAAACUGUAGGACAAUAAAGUGCCCAAGUCUCCUCUCGUGCUAUUUUGAAGAUACCUCGACUCUGAUAGUAUUAAUUUUCCAAAUUACCCACAGUAUUUCAAUUCCGUCCGACGCCACUGAAGCCGUCGCAAACUAUAAGUAAUUCUGAUGUAAAUAUUUCCUGAUCUACCUGUUGUAAAAACUUCUUAUACACUGCCAACUCAACGGCAAUUGUUAUUGUAUAGAUAUAGUUAGGUUUAAGUAUUUAAGUGAUGUUAAUAAUUGUAAUUUAUUACAUCUGUCAAGUGCAAUGUUUAUUAUUUAUUAAAAAGUCUGU